GUCUCUUACAGAGAAGAGAAUACCAAAAGGAUCACAAUGAAAAACCCAGGACAACCAUCCCAACCCCCCAAAGAAUCCGUAUACCUGCAACCUCUCAACCCCAUAACGCACUCUCCCUACGAGCAGCGCAUCCAACCUGUCCCUGCCCCCCAUGCACACCAACACAACGGAAACCCGGUCUCCUCCGUCUCCCGACGCACCUACGACUCCCGCCCCUCAAGCGACGAGUCCAUUGCCGGCAUCAGGCUGCGGCACGAGCACCAACUAAAAGAGAUGCAAAGCGACGACCUGGACACGGAGUACGGAGUCGAGCAGCAGCCGAACGAAGGAGACAUUGCGCACGCGGUCGAGGGGCACAGUCGCCAUGUGCAGGUGGAUGCGUGUGCGUGUGCGUGUGCCGGGACGCCGGCGCUGGGCGAGGAGCCCGACCUGAUGGCGAAUAUGGAGCGCAAGAGGCGGGAGCAUUAUCGGGUUUUGGGGGAGCGGGCGGAACGGCGGCAGCCUGUGCCUGAUGGGGAGACGGCCGAGAGAGAGGCCCUGAGGCUGCGGAGGUUGAAGCAGGAUCGCGAGUUACAUGUUCAGGAUGUGGUUCAUGAAGCGACGGGCGAUCCUGUAGUUGGCUAGGAAGGCUGCCAUGCAUGCAUACUGGAGGUUGUACUGUGGAAAUACUAAAUAGGCUGGCUGUCUGGCUGUCUGUAUUUUGAAUCAUUCCAAUUGAUCUUUCUUUUUAUUAUGCAGUUUAGAAAAGAACCCAAAAAUCAGGAUUUCAG